UCACAGGUCGUGUCGUUGAUCGCGUGUAUUGAAUGCCGACAGCCGACUGAAAUGAGAAAAUAAUAUAUCUGGCUCAUUUUAUUUCCGCGACGUCGUUGAGUUUGGAUCGUGCCUGUCAACACUUUGAAUGCAAUAAUUUUAAAUGAAACUUGAGAAUUUUACGUUGUAGAGAAUAUGGAUCACAAAGCUGAACAGGAGGAUGAGAUCGAAGCAUUGGAUUCCAUAUACUGCGGUGAACUCGAAAUAUUGGAAACGGUGCCUUAUUUCAAAUUUGUCCUACCGAUAAAGUCUGAACAGUACGAGCCUGAAUCUAACAAUGGGCUCUCAUGUAAAUUAGAGUUUACUUAUACCCCUAAAUACCCAGAAGAACCUUUGUUGGUCAGAAUCGAUGAACCAGAAAAUUUUGAGGAUGGAGACGAAACAAAACUCAAGGAACAUCUUGCGGAACAAAUGAAUGAAAAUCUGGGUAUGGUUAUGGUUUUUACACUUGUCAGCGCUGCUCAGGAGUGGCUCAACGUACAGUGGGAUAGAAUUAAAUUGCACAGAGAAGAAAGCGCAGCAAAAAAAUUGAUCGAGGAAGAAGAAGCUGAAAGAAAACGAUUCGAGGGCACGAGAGUCUCGGUCGAAACUUUCAUGACUUGGAAACAGAAGUUUGAUGAUGAAAUGGGUCACACAAAAAAGCGCGAACUCUUAGCCCAGCAGGGAAAAAAAUUGACGGGAAGAGAGUUGUUUAUGACCGAUAAAACGUUGGAUCAGUCAGAUUUGAAAUUCCUCGAGGAUGGAGAUGCGGUGAAAGUGGACGAAAGUCUAUUCCAAAAUCUCGACGAUUUGGAUCUUGAUGACGAAGAUGACGAGGAUGAUCCGGACUUUGAUCCGGACAAUGCUUCGGACGAUAGUGCCUAAGAAACGAGAAUUUACAAGAGCUAAGAUUUUUUCCUGGCUUCUUCUUCUUCUUUCCGGUUCAAUCUUCCCGGAACAAUGAGGAAAUCGUUUAAGGAGAGAACCGAAUCGCUUAUGUGAAUGAACGUGCAAAAUGACUCUGUAAAUAUGCGCAUAUAUCUUAUGUUUUCGUUCGGAUGAUAAAAAAACUUUGUUUACAACAAACCUUAAA